AUGCAUAACACCCAGUCCCAACACCAGCACAGCAAUAUUAACCAUUCUCUCGAUCGAGUCAGAAGCUAGCUAGCUAAAACUCGUCUCGUCGAUCAUCUUGUGUUCGAUCGAUCUCCAGUUCGUUCGGUUUCUUUCUUGACCAUGACCAAGCAUCCGAGGGACGGCGAGGUGAUCAGCCUCUCGCUGUCGCUCACGCUCGGCGCUGCCGCGGAUAGCGGCGAGCGGAAGAAGCCGCGGCGCGGGUCGUCGCCGGCGGCGUCCGGGAGUGGGGACUUCGUCUGCAAGACGUGCAGCCGCGCGUUCCCGUCGUUCCAGGCGCUGGGCGGCCACCGGACCAGCCACCUGCGCGGCCGCCACGGGCUCGCGCUCGGCCUCGCCGCCGCCACGGCCAAGGAGACCACCAAGAAGGUGCAGGAGAAGCCGGCGGCGGCGGCGACCCACGAGUGCCACAUCUGCGGCCAAGGCUUCGAGAUGGGCCAGGCGCUCGGCGGCCACAUGCGCCGCCACCGCGAGGAGGCCGCCGCCGCCGCCGCGGCGGUGCACGCGCCGCCCGUUCUGCUCGAGCUCUUCGUUUAGAUUCGUGCGAUUGCUGCCUGUACAUAUUGGUGCACGAUUGUGGCUAUUGCAUUCAUUAUUUUUCUUUUUUCAGAUAGAGAUUUUACCAUUGUAGGAAUUGCUUUACGCUGGAUAUACUAAUUCAUUCAUUCAUUCAUUAGUCAAUUCUCCAAUCGAAUUUUAUCUGUGUCAGACUGUUCGAUCGAAUCGGCUGUGUUCUACGUCCAUUGUUCCCUGUUUUCAAAUAUUGAUUUAUAUAUGUACCACACAUGUACAUGCCAGAAUAAUUUAGAUAACAGAGAUCUUACUCA